CUCUUCGGGAAGUGUAGUCCUUCGGCUCGGCCCGGGCGGCGGCCCUGAGCCCUGCAACCUGGGCGGCCCAUCCGGCCUGAACCGGGCAUGGCUGGGCCCGGAGGCUCGGGGGGCCCGAUCGGAGCCGGGGCCCUGGCAGGAGGGGUGCGCUCCAAGGUGGCUCCGAGCGUGGACUUUGACCACAGCUGCUCAGACAGUGUCGAGUACCUGACGCUCAACUUUGGACCCUUCGAAACAGUGCAUCGCUGGCGGCGCCUCCCACCCUGCGACGAAUUCGUGGGCGCCCGGCGUAGCAAGCACACAGUCGUAGCAUAUAAGGAUGCCAUCUAUGUGUUUGGCGGAGACAACGGGAAGACGAUGCUCAACGAUCUCCUGCGGUUUGAUGUCAAGGACUGCUCCUGGUGCAGAGCCUUCACCACAGGUACCCCACGCCCCCGUUACCACCACUCAGCCGUCGUCUACGGGAGCAGCAUGUUCGUCUUUGGGGGCUAUACUGGAGACAUCUACUCUAAUUCUAACUUGAAGAAUAAGAAUGACCUCUUUGAAUACAAGUUUGCAACCGGCCAGUGGACAGAGUGGAAAAUUGAAGGGAGGUUGCCAGUGGCCAGGUCAGCCCAUGGGGCCACGGUGUACAGUGACAAGCUCUGGAUCUUUGCUGGCUAUGAUGGCAAUGCCAGGUUGAACGACAUGUGGACAAUUGGCCUCCAAGACCGAGAGCUCACAUGCUGGGAGGAGGUGGCCCAGAGUGGGGAGAUUCCCCCGUCCUGCUGCAACUUCCCUGUGGCUGUGUGCCGGGAUAAGAUGUUCGUGUUCUCGGGGCAGAGCGGAGCCAAGAUCACCAACAACCUCUUCCAGUUCGAAUUCAAGGACAAGACGUGGACACGCAUCCCCACUGAGCACCUGCUCCGGGGCUCCCCACCCCCGCCACAGCGGCGCUAUGGACACACCAUGGUGGCCUUUGACCGUCAUCUCUAUGUGUUUGGGGGUGCGGCGGACAAUACACUGCCCAAUGAGCUGCACUGCUAUGAUGUGGACUUCCAGACUUGGGAGGUUGUCCAGCCCAGCUCUGACAGUGAGGUUGGUGGGGCUGAGGUGCCUGAGCGAGCUUCCUCUUCUGAGGAGGCAUCAAUCCUAACCUCAGAGGAGCGGAGCAGCUUGAAGAAGUCCAGAGAUGUGUUUGGCUUAGACUUUGGCACCACCUCAGCCAAGCAGCCUGUCCACCUGGCAUCAGAGCUGCCCAGUGGGAGGCUCUUCCAUGCAGCUGCUGUCAUCUCGGACGCCAUGUACAUCUUUGGGGGCACUGUGGACAACAACAUUCGCAGCGGGGAGAUGUACAGGUUCCAGUUCUCUUGCUACCCCAAGUGCACGCUGCAUGAAGACUACGGGCGCCUGUGGGAGGGCCGCCAGUUCUGCGACGUGGAGUUUGUGCUGGGCGAGAAGGAAGAGUGUGUGCAAGGCCACGUUGCCAUCGUCACCGCACGGAGCCGCUGGCUGCGCAGGAAGAUCCUGCAGGCUCGAGAGUGGCUGGCCCAGAAGCUGGAGGAGGAUGGGGCCCUGGCACCCAGGGAGGUCCCUGGUGCAGCUGUGGGCAGGGCGCGGCCACCCCUGCUACGUGUGGCCAUUCGGGAGGCCGAGGCCCGGCCAUUCGAGGUGCUCAUGCAGUUUCUCUACACAGACAAGAUCAAGUACCCACGGAAAGGCCAUGUCGAGGACGUGCUGCUCAUCAUGGAUGUGUACAAGUUGGCGCUGAGCUUCCAGCUGUGCCGUCUUGAACAGCUGUGUCGGCAGUACAUCGAAGCCUCCGUGGAUCUCCAGAACGUGCUGGUUGUGUGUGAGAGUGCCGCCAGGCUACAGCUGGGCCAGCUUAAGGAGCACUGCCUGAACUUCAUAGUGAGGGAGUCCCACUUCAACCAGGUGAUCAUGAUGAAGGAGUUCGAGCGCCUCUCAUCCCCACUGAUCGUAGAGAUCGUGCGGCGGAAGCAGCAGCCGCCCCCUCGAGCACCCUCGGAUCAACCCGUGGACAUUGGCACAUCUUUGAUCCAGGACAUGAAGGCAUACCUGGAGGGGGCAGGCUCGGAGUUCUGUGACAUCACACUGCUACUGGACGGCCACCCACGACCGGCCCACAAAGCCAUCCUCGCUGCCCGUUCUAGCUACUUUGAGGCCAUGUUCCGUUCAUUCAUGCCGGAGGAUGGGCAGGUGAACAUCUCUAUCGGGGAGAUGGUGCCCAGCAGACAGGCCUUUGAGUCCAUGCUACGUUACAUCUACUAUGGAGAGGUCAACAUGCCCCCUGAGGACUCCCUUUACCUAUUUGCGGCCCCCUACUACUAUGGCUUCUACAACAACAGACUGCAGGCAUACUGCAAGCAGAACCUGGAGAUGAACGUGACCGUGCAGAACGUGCUACAGAUUCUGGAGGCGGCUGACAAGACGCAGGCACUGGACAUGAAGCGGCACUGCUUGCACAUCAUUGUGCACCAAUUCACCAAGGUCUCUAAGCUGCCCACACUGCGGCUGCUGAGCCAGCAGCUGCUGCUGGACAUCAUAGACUCCCUGGCCUCCCACAUCUCUGACAAGCAGUGUGCAGAGCUGGGUGCCGACAUCUGAGCAUCUUGGAAGACUCUGUUUGGAGAGUGAUGACACUCGACCGAUUGGCCACAUCUCCACCUACAGUGACCACACCUGUGGUUCCCAGCGCCCACAGGGCACUGAGGUGACAGGAACUCAUUGAGGACACAGGCCCCACAGGGAUGGCAAGUGAAGCAGACUCCCCCAAGGAGACCAAGGCUCAGGGACGCCACUCAGCGGUAGAAAGAUGAUGUGUGCUGUGGAUCCAGACAUAGAAUCCUACUGUUAGGGGUGAGGGCUUGGCAAGCUACUCUAACUAACAAUAGGGUGCAUUCCACUCCUUACCCAGAACCUAAUGGGGACCAGUGACAGUGAUCUGAUCCUAGACAUGAACUUUAGAAGGUUUUGCUCCCAGCCCACAGGGCAGCAAGUGUAGCUAAGCCUCCCAGAGAGGCUGCAUUUGUGGCCCACCCAGUGUGCGUAUCUGGGCCAGAGAGAAGUCAGCAGAAACACUCCUGUGUGUUCUGCCACUGACAUGCCUCCUAUAAAGCUGUGGCAAUGCUAUGUACACACCUGGCUGGCAUGGCGGCCACCUUUGGUCUGCCCUCCUGAAGCCCAUGACAGUUCUAUGGCUUAGGAGAUUCCCCAGAUGUGGGGUUAGCACAUCUUCCCGUUCUGCCCAUGUCAACACAUGGUGUCAGUCACAAGGGAGAGAAAACUGAGUACCCGAGAUAUCUCUCCAGAGACCGGGACUGUCCGGGGCAUCCAUCCUUGUUACCUGACAUCCCAAUACAGCAUAGUGGACCCUUUUUUUUUUUUUUUUUUUUUGCGUACAGGAACCUAUUCUGUCCUAGGAAGGCAGAACUCAUUUUGGAGAAAUGCUUGACUUUUCCUUGGACUUAAAACAUUUCCCUCCUGUGCUCCAUCACCCCAUGCUGUGGGGCUCCAGGUAGAAAGGUGCCCUGGGUGGCAGUCCCAUACAGACAUCCAGGAAGUGGUCUGGUUAGAAGAUGAGGUACUAGGCACAAGCUGAUGGCAGCUGAGCUGAGCUAAGUGGAGGGUCCCGCCUAUGGUGGGCAGCCAGGCAGGCUGGGUGUGAGUCAGUUGUGCUGUCAGCCCUCCCCCCAGGGUUGUGACCUCAUCCAAGCCUCUUUUCGGGGAACACCUGAAAACUUCGGUCGGCAAAUCUUGCUGACCCCUGUAACUGGACAUUCAUCCCCUCUACACAGGAUACAAAUAAACAUUCACCUAGGGCUCCAAAAAGAAAA